UUGUCUUUUUACAGAGCUGUGCAACAUGUCACUGCUCCAAGAUGCUACUUCUGUCAUAUGUCACAGUCCACCAAGCAUGAAAGGGAUCCAAGUCUGGAACAUCUCCAGCUUCAAUUGCACACCAGAAUCCCUGUCAACAACUUUGGGGAACAGCUUCUAUCAAACUGGACUGCCGGCUUUGCUGGCUUGUUUAGUAUUUAUUUCCUUUCUCUUGCUGCUGUUUGGGAUGUGGAUGGUGAGAUACGCCAGUAAACGGAUCCGGCCAAGCCAGGAAGCCAUGGAACCCUCUUCCACUACAACUCCGAUUGAUUCUGUAGAACCUCAACUCUCAGUUGGAGAGGAUGAAAAUGAAGAGAGAACUGCAGCUUUGGGGAACCGAACGUUGAAAAUCCGUGCCAAGUCUGCCUCAGCCAUUUUACUGAGAAAAGAAUUCUACCAGCGACAGCAAAAGUCGACAGAUGCAAACCAAGAACAAUCAAUAAUGUCCUUCCGGUCCCAGAGUGACAGAACACAUAUUGAAAAUGAGGACUUGCCUCCUUUUUCAGGACUGUGGAAUUAUCAGAAGCUGGAGGAAGUAGAGUCUCAGAGCCACGUCAAGGCAAACACAGUCAUGGUAGAAGUAGGUCAAGAUACUUCAGAGACCAAAGUUUCUUCUGAAGCCUCCGACCAAAUAAUCCAAGAUAAUGGAGAGUCUACCCAUCUUGUAAAGGAAAACACGGUUCAUCCUGAGCCCUUCCUGUAUUUAAGUGUGACUACAUUCCCUGAAGAACAGGCUGAGGUUCAACCCCAAAAGGAUGUGACUUCAAAGAAUGAGGGCCAUGCAUUGAAGCGGUCAUUGACGUGGCCCUUUGAAAGGAAGGUUGGUGGUCAUGGAACCAAUGGGUUAAGCAUCAGGGAAUCUUUCACAGCCCAGUUUUUGCUCUCCCCUCUUCACUGUGGCAAGGUGUUGGAAGGGGAGAAACCAGAAUUCGAUCAGGAGUGGCUACAUCUGUCUCCUAGAACGGAAGAUCUUUUGUGCCUUGACGGCCAACAACGUGAGUCUGAAUUAGACAAUGAAACGGAGCCUCCAUUUGAUGAAGAAUCAAAUCCAGAAACUAUUGCUAAGGCGACAGAUGUAGGGGAAAUGGAAUUGGACAAAAGACUACAAAGCAAAUACAAUUCGCAUACUAGCAACCAAGCCCACAAUGAGAGAACAAAAUUAGACUUCGAAGGAGAACCAGCCAAUUUUUCAGAGUUGGCUCUUCGGAAAGGAUUCAGCCAAGUGGUUCCUCCAAGGUUUAUGCAGACUGCUCAGACUGAUAUCAAAGCAGUCAAGCUAUCCUCAGGGCUAAAAACCAAACGAUUUUCAAAGCCGGUGUCCUCUCCAUCCAGAAACCUCAGGAAAGCCAACACAUCCCCACCCUCAAGAAUUCCUUUCACCCGCUCUUCAUGUGAAGAUGACAGCACAGUGCCGAUGCACGAGUCUAAGUACAUCAACCUUCUGCAUGAAGUGGUGGAGAAUCGGGGCCGGUGGACUCGGGAGCGAUGGAAAUUGACCCAUCAGAACUCUGCUUUUCUCCAACCAGCCACCAAAUCCAUGUAGGUCCCAGUGGUCUUCAACGCAAUUGCUCCAAACAUGGAGACAACCAAAAGGACUUUAAGGUUCCACCAAUCUCCGUUAAGGUUCCACAAAAUCCAAAGACAAGACUUGGGGAAGGAAUCCAUGCAAUGACUCACAAUGCCAUUCUAGAAUACCUGGGAUAUGUUCUGAAGCUAUCUUCUGAAGGUGAGGAGGGGUGGCGCUCAGCACCCCGAUAUGCACCUUUAGUGAGAACCCAUUGGUCCAUUUCCCUCUAGGAAAAUCCCACCCCACUGUGUGCAUCUUUUCAACAUUAUCUGGAGAACGGAAACUGAAGCUGGGCUCACUCCAAUGGGGAUUGGAGUGAGCCCAGCUUCAACUUGGCACUUCAGGGGAAGCCUCAGUCUUCCCAGCUGUUGGACCAAGGGAUCUGAAGUCCCAAAGCUGGGUUCACUAGUUGGGAAGGCUGCCACGAGGACAAAUAAUUCAACGAUGUUAGAGGGUAGAACGGCCUUCUCCUUGCAUUAGUGAAUUUUUAGGGUGGUUAUUUAUCCAACUUGCCAACUGCAGAGGGAGCUGAUUGGAGGGGCAAAAGGAUGGGCAAGCUUUCCUUCAUUUUAGGUGUGUUGAUGUUUCAAUGCAUGCAUGCACAAUAUUGUUGACCCCCAUUCUAAGCUCCUGUUACAGCACCUUUGGUGAAAUCCUAAUGAUAAAAGUUGGUAGGUAAUUUGAUUUUGUUUGAUAAUGAUUUCAAUUGCGGUUCAGAGUGACUAGGACGUCUUUGCCGAUAUAAUACGGACCAAUUCUCUGUCCUAACUGUGACCCCAGGGAUAGAACUUUGCUUUGCAGUGAACUCAGGAAACAAGCUAAUUCAUCUCCUUGAUAGUUUAAUCACAUGUAUUGAUGUUUUAUGAGGAAGAUCCUUGAUCCCUUCUGUCUGCAUGUUUCUGUAACGAAGACCUGGCUGUUAAAAGUGUAUCGUUUAUUUUGAAAUCUCCGCAAGACCACAGCUCUUUUCAGCUGAAUAAAAAUAGCAAAGAACGCAUCAUGUGAA